CUGGAUUAGUGUGUGUGAUUAAAGCAUGUUUACAGUGAAAAAUUCAGUGAUUUCAGUUGACAUUAGCUAACCUUUAACCCUCCAGUUCAGCCCAGGAACCACAUUACCCCGUUGAAGGCGGAGUUCAAUGUCAGUGGGUGGAACCAGUGCGCAGAAUGACCGUUCGACGGACCAAUGAACGAGCCCUGCUGCGCGCGCUGCGACGCCAGCACCAAUGAAAAGAAAGAUGAGGGCGGGAUAAAUCCGGGCGACGCCGCUUGCUGCCGAGGUAACGGGAGUUUUAGGGUUGAACCGAAUGUUGCCGGCGGAGUAGGAACUCCCGCCAUUUUUCAACCAAGACUUCACCCUGUCGUUUUGUUUUCGCAUCCGUCGCAAAAUACCCAUCCACGUGUCAUACAGUGCCGGGAGCGCGGGAACGAACAUCGGCCGCGGCGAAAAGAGCUAAGUAGAGGAAUAGUGGUGUGGAAGAGACGGUAGGGCCGGCCACAUAGUCAGCCGAGCGCCUUCACUGUCACACUGACUGGCACUGGACCCAACGAGGCUCACUUCUCCGCCUCCGUCCGUCUCUAAGUUUCACCGAAUACAGCCGCGGAGCGCAGCUGUCAACUUCGAACCGCUUACCUCUACAAUUUUUGCCUUUUUGGAGGAAUACAAUGACGCCGCCACCGGCUUCUCGCGAGGACGUACCCGGACGGCGAUGCGAUUGAACGCGCGGCCGUGUGCGAUAUGAUAAUCGCCGUCUCGCGCACAGGAUCCUCGGACUGAGAGGCUAAAACGCUUAGCGGGCGGUGUUGACGAGCGGAAGGCUCUCUGGAACGCGGAGGCUGGUCGCUCGUCGUCUCUGCGCUCUUUCUUUCUUUUUUUUUUCUUUCUUUGAGUAUACGACAACGUUUUUCUCUCGAGGCGGUCGCUAUUAAUUCGCCAUCCUCGAGCUGAGCUGAGCUGAGCUGAGCGGAGUCGCCCUCGCGCUGCGAUCUCUCUCUGUCGCGCGCGCGCGAUCUCUCUCUCCCUCCUCGCCCCCCCCUCCUCUGUCUCGCGCGCGCACACACUCGCGCCAUGGCGCCGCUGCUGGGCCGGAAGCCGUUUCCCCUGGCGAAGCCGCUGGCCGAGCCGCCAGGCCCCGGAGAGGAGCUCUACAUCGUGGAGCACACGAAGGAGGCCUUCACCAACAAAGAAGAGUAUGAGGCACGCCUCAAGAAGUAUAAUGAACGCAUCUGGACCUGCAAGAGCACCGGCAGCAGCCAGCUCACGCAUAAGGAGGCCUGGGAGGAGGAGCAGGAAGUCACGGAACUACUUCAAGAGGAAUUCCCUUGUUGGUUUGAGAAGCCAGUACUUGAGAUGGUCCAUCACAACACACUCUCCCUAGACAAACUGGUGGACCAGGCCUGGGUGGAGAUAUUCACCAAAUAUGCUGUGGAAGAGGAGUGUGAUUUCCUGGUGGGGAAGGACAAAAGCCUUCGUGUGAAAGUGGUGCAAGUGCAUCCGCUGGACAGGCCAGAAGAUGAGGCCAUCGAGAAGAAACUGGAGGGGACCUGUGACUCACCUUCCAGUGACAAGGAAAAUUCCAGCCAGGAGAACCAGAAGAAGGAGGUGCAGCCCAAAGGAGAAGAGAAUAAGAGGGAUAGCAUCUGUGACCGGGCCCGCCGCUCACCUAGGAAACUUCCCACCAGCUUGAAGGAGGAGAAGAGGAAAUGGGUGAUGCCAAAAUUUCUGCCUCACAAGUAUGAUGUCAAACUGAUCAACGAAGACAAGAUCAUUAGCAAUGUCCCUGUGGAUAGUCUCUUCCGCACUGAGCGACCUCCCAAUAAGGAGAUCAUGCGAUACUUCAUCAGGCACUAUGCUCUGCGACUAGGUGUGGGAGAAAGUGCCCCGUGGGUGGUGGAGGAUGAACUGGUGAAAAAGUAUAAUUUGCCUAGCAAGUACAGUGACUUCCUGCUUGACCCCUAUAAGUACAUGGCUGACAACCCAUCAACCAAGCGGAAGAGCCUAAGCUCGGAAGGGAAGCCUCCAAAAAAGCUAAAAACGGCCGAAGCAAGCACUGAGGGGGAGGUGCUGAGUGAAAAGGGAGUGAAGAAGAAGAAGCAAAAGAAUCUUCCUCUUAGUCUCACCAUCUGGGACCACAUGCAGAAGAAGGUGAACAGCUCUCCCCUGAAAGUAAAGAAUACUGGAACACCUAAAAAGACAAGUGGUGAGGAUGUCAAGGUGAACAAGAAGCAGUGUGAGACCAAGAAAAGCAAGAAGAAUGGGACCAAGGCCAUCAAUGGCCAGAAGGCCUCCAAGAAGGAUGAGAAGGGUGCCAAGAAGCCAAAGAUGAAGCAAAUGACCCUACUGGACAUGGCUAAGAGUAGUUCCUCCUCAAGUCCCAAGAAGAGGACUAAGAGCACAGGGCCUGGCACUCCCAAACUGGCAAAACCCCUUCCACCUAUGGCUCUCCACCUGCUCCGUUACUACAAGGAAAAUAAAGGCAAAGAGGAGAAGAAGAAUGCCUUGUCUUCUCUCAUCUCCAAGGCAGCCAAAGUACUGUCAGCAGAGGACCGUGGCAGGCUCCCUGAGGAGCUCAGGGAUAUGGUUGAAAAGCGCUCUGAGCUCCUGGAGCAAAAACGGCGCUGGGCUGCUAUGAGUGAGGAGGAGAAACAGGACGUGAUGCGCAAGAAGCGUGAGGAGAUAAAAGAGAAGCUUCGGGAGCGUGCCAAGGAGCGGAGAGAGAAAGAGAUGCUAGUACGGCUGGAGCAGCAGCGGCGCUUUGAAGAUCAGGAGCUGGAGGGGAAGAGCCUUCCGAAAUUCAAACUGGUGGACAUGCCAGAGGGCCUGCCCAACACUCUCUUUGGAGACAUUGCCAUGGUUGCAGACUUUCUGAACUGCUAUUCAGGCUUACUGAUGCCUGAUGACCAGUACCCCAUCACUGCAGCAUCUCUCAUGGAAGCACUGGCUGCUGAAAAGGGGGGAUUCCUGUACCUGAACCGUGUGCUGGUGAUUCUACUGCAGACGCUGCUCCAGGAUGAGCUGGCUGAGGGCUAUAGUGAGUUGGACAUGCCGCUCUCGGAAAUCCCCCUCACCAUGCACUCCGUCUCGGAGCUGGUCCGUCUCUGCCUGCGACCCAGCGACAGCCACGGUGAGGACAGCGGCCAGGGGUCUGAGGAUUGGGCCCUCGGUGGCCUCGACGAUGCUGUGAGCGCUGAGUUUCUGGAGAAGCUUGAGACUGCCGAGGUGUUUGAGCUGAGUCCCCAGGAGAAGGUGGGCCUACUGGUAGCGCUCUGUCACCGUAUCCUCAUGACCUAUUCGGUGGAGAACCACGUGGAUGCCAUGCAGCAGCGCUCUGCUGAGCUGUGGAAGGAACGUUUGGCCUCCUUGAAGGAAGCCAAUGACCGGCGACGGGCUGAGAAGCAACGUCAUAAGGAGGAGAUGGAGGCCAAGGGUGCUGCGGCUGGCUGGGUCAAGGUGGAGGGAGGGGCACCAGUCAGUGCACCCAGGUCAGAUAAAAAAGAGGCAAGUAGCAAGAAGGAUGCAAGCAAGGCAAAGACAGUGCCGCCACCGUCUGAGCCCCAAGUGGAGGACUUGAUCAGCACAGUGAAGAGCAGGAGACUGAUGGCCAUUCAGGCCAAAAAGGAGAAGGAAGAAAUGGAGAGGCUGAACAAAGAGCGCAUGGAGAAGGAGGCAGAGGAGCUGCGGGUUCGGAAGCAGAAGGCUGCGGCAGAGCGGGCUUUCCAGGAGGGCAUCACCAAAGCAAAGCUGGUUCUAAGACGUGUCCCUCUGGGCACCGACCGCAACCACAACAGGUAUUGGCUUUUCUCUGAUGUGGUGCCAGGCCUCUACAUUGAGAAAGGCUGGGUUCAUGAAAGUAUAGACUAUAGCUUUACUUUGCCCCCUGAAGAGGAAGAGGAUGAAGAGCAGGAGGAGGAUGAUGGUGAAGAGGCUGACAAAGAAGAGUGUGGUACAGAGGGAGGCCAGCAAGGAGUACAGGUUGCUCCAGAGACCAUUGAAACUACCGUUCCUAAUCGUGGGCAGAACCUCUGGUUUGUGUGUGACACGCAGUUAGAACUGGAGGAGUUGAUGGAGAGCUUACACCCACAGGGUGUACGGGAGAGCGAGCUAAAGACCCAUCUGCAGUUCAGGUACCAGGACGUCCUACACUCCAUCCACCUGGCACGGAAAGCCAGCCCACGCCUCAAAACCUGCGACGGUCACGAGGAGUUGCUCAAGUACUUGCGCAGUGACAUCCUUGAAGUGGCCUCUCGGUUACAGAAAGGAGGUCUGGGAUACAUGGAUGAUAUCUCUGAGUUUGAGGAGAAGGUUCGCUGUUUGGAGAACCUAAAAGACUUUGGAGAGUGUGUCAUUACCCUCCAGGAGAGUGUGAUCAAGAAGUUCCUCCAAGGCUUCAUGGCCCCAAAGCAGAAGAAGAAAAAGAAAAAACAGGGUGGAGAAGAGAGCAACAAGGCAGAAGAAGUGGAUGAGGAGAAAAAGCUGGCGGAGGAAGCAAGGGUGGCGACUGCAGUGGAGAAAUGGAAGAUGGUGAUCCGUGAGGCCCAGACCUUCUCCCGCAUGCAUGUGUUGCUGGGGAUGCUGGAUGCUUGCAUUAAGUGGGACAUGUCUGCUGAGAAUGCCCGGUGUAAGGUGUGCCGCCGGAAAGCAGGUGUGUGGUCAGGAGUGCUCCAACUGUACAGGCUCAGGUCCAGGCUUAGGCUCAGUGUGAGGACAGUGGCAGUGAGGAUAGCAAAGCAAGCAGGAGAAGAUGACAAGCUGAUCCUGUGUGAUGAGUGCAACAAGGCCUUCCACUUGUUCUGCCUGCGACCAGCGCUCUACUCCAUUCCUGAUGGAGAGUGGUUGUGCCCUGCUUGCCAGCCUGCAGUGGCACGUCGCUCCUCUCGUGGAAGAAACUAUAAUGAGGACACAGAAGAUGAAGAAGAGGAGGAUAAUGAGGAUUCUGAGACAGAAGAUGAAGAGGAGGAAGAUGAAAAUUCUGUGGGAACCACCAGGCACAACUUGAGGUCCAAGAAGGCCAAGAGGAAGGAGUCCCGCUCAAAAACGGCCUUCAAAGGAGCUGCCAAGAAGCCAUCAUCCCAAGGCUCUCAGGUUGGCCGGCCAAAGUCUUCAGGAAGCCCCCCUGACAUCGAUGAGUUGGUGCGCCAGACAUCCAGGACAGGGUCACGUCGACAGGCUGUGGAGCUGGAGAAGUGUGAAGAGCUCUUGCACAAGCUGGUCAAGUUUCGCUAUAGUUGGCCCUUCAGGGAGCCAGUGUCUCCUGAAGAGGCAGAGGACUACCUGGACAUCAUCACCCACCCCAUGGACUUCCAGACUAUGCUGCGCAAGUUUUCCGAUGGCCAGUAUCGGCACGGGGGUGACUUCUUAGAAGACAUGAAGCUGGUAUUCUCCAAUGCUGAGGAGUACAACCAGCCAGGCAGCACCGUGCUCUCCUGCCUGGCCAAGACUGAGCAGACCUUUGUGGACCUUCUACACAAGCUUGUCCCAGGACUGAGCUAUGUCCGGCGCCGUCCACGCAAACGUCCAGUCUCUGAGGCUGAGAGUGAGGAGGAACAAGAAGAAGCUGAGUGCAGUACUCGAAGGGGAAGAGCCAGCAGGACCACGAAGCAGGGGGAAGAGAGCAAGAAUGCUAGUAGAGAGGCAAAGCGAAGGAGCAGUGGCUCAGGGCAGGAGGAUGCAGAGGAGAGCAGGUGUGAAGAGGAGGAAGAGGAAGAUGUGGGUGUGAUACGGAGGAAGAGCAAGCGAGCAGCAGCCAUAGCCAAUAGGAAGGAUUAUCGGGAGGUGGAGAGUGACAGCGAGCAGGAGAUGAGCGACAGGCGCAGAAGGGCAGGACGAGGACGGCCCCUGUUCGACCAGGAGGAUGAGGUGGACAGCAGGAGGACUCGAAAUCGCCAGAGCAAGGGAGUGGAGGUGGAGGGCAGCGAUGAGGACAGGCCCAGCCUGCGACAUUCCAAACGUCAAAAGCGCUCCGUAUGAGUGGAGGGUAGAUCUGCCUCACCGCUUUCAGUGUGAGGUUUAAUUUUAUUUUGCAAUUCUACCCUCUACACAGGAAACGCCAACAUAUCAGACUGGAUUCUCCACUUUAAUUUUUAUGUUCGUAUUUUGAAGAAGAAAAAAAAAAAACUGAUUUAUAUUUGUAAGGUGUUUAUUACUGGUGAUUUUUGUUUUCCUCCCCCAAUCUAGAGACACGUAAGAAAAUGGGAGAUUUCAGAGCGCUUAUUAGUUGUUUUGCAUUUCUGUCCCUAAAAAGACUUGGGAUUGUAAUGAUACACUUGCCCAAUCUGUUUAAUUUUUUUGAUCUCUUUACUUGGAAUGGGAGGCAUAGGUCUUGGAGGGGGUUAGGCUGUCUGGAGGGAGAUCCAGCAACUGUGAAGUGAACUUUGGUCCCCUUUGGGUUUCUUUUCCCCAACUUGUGAGCUAACAGUUCUGGCAAUGACACUCCUAUCUGGUGGGACAGCACACACUUGCCUGCCUUUUACAGAUGCAUGUGAACAAGUGUGUCCACCUUUCCAAUUUGCUACCAUGGUUACGGUUCCUCCUGAGGUACCUUUUGUAUAUGGCUGAGUGUAUGAUCCUUUCAAAUCCAUAUUUUCAGUUUUUCACUCAUUGAUGUGCUCCUCAGUGCAUAGGGUUGUUUACACAUCAGUGUAAGGUAGGUCGCCUGAGUCAGGGCUCCACUGAAUCUUAACACCUGAUGGAAAGACUCUGCAGUGGUGCAUCAUCUAGUGUCACCAUGUUAGAGGUUUACUAGUGAUACGUAGACCAUAGUUUAAUUGUGGGGUAAUGAAACCUUCAGACCAGAAGGAAGAACAUAUGUUCUUAAAGAAACCAGAAUAGCUUCAAUUUUUUUUUUUUUUUUUUUUUUUUGGGGGGGCCACAGUUCUGCGUUAUUUAUAUGGUUUUUGAGGUCAGGGUUUCUAAGUUAUAGUGAGACAAGAGAAAUUAAUGUUGAAAAGAAAAUACCUUGUGUAAAGUUGUCCCAGUGUCUGCAGUGCUGUGCUCUGAGGACAGGUUCUACACAGGGGUAGUGAUCUCUCUGGUCUCUUCCUUGAACUCUGCACUUGAACUCAUCAGUCCAACUCCAUGGUAACUUGCUUUGCAGUGUUUGUAUAUGGAGUUGAGGUUUGAUGUUGAACAGAAAAUUUGGCUGUUCAGGAAUUGCUGCCCCAUUUGCUUAUUGUACAGAGUGUGCUCCAGGGUUCCCCUUUAGACUGUACCCUACUGUGGCCAUGCGAGGGAUACAUCUCUAAUUGCUUUUUUGGCUCCACUGCUGACCCCCUUUUUGAAGUCUCUCCCCCGACCCCCUUAAUUCCUCCACCCUGUUUAUUCUCCUUUGUAAUUUCUAAAUGUUUUUUCUUGCAAGGAGACCAGCCAGAUUGGUGUAUCCAGAUCUAGCCUCGCAGUAGCUUUUGACUGCCCCCCCCCCCAAUCCAGUUGUAUCACAGAUCUCAAAUGUGGAAGUAAUUUCCAACUUUUCUGUUAAUGUUAAGACUGAAGGUCCCCUUUUAAUUUUAGGAUGAAAAUGGGGAAGAGAGUUUGGGGCCUCCUUUGUAAUGAAAAUAAAGGAAAUGCAAUUGCGUUUUACGUUUUCUGUUUGUGAGGUGUAACUUAUAUUCCAACUACCAAUCAACCUUUGUAUUAUAAUCAGGGUGGGUAGGGGAUGAGGGGAUAAUUUCUCUGCCUUUUUUUUU